AUGAGGUUACACAGCUCGGCCAGCAGCGCGAUGGAUGAAAGUUUGUCUCCCUUUGGGAACCUGGCCAGAAGUUCGGGGAGCGCCUCUUGCAGGCUCCACAGCAUAGACGCAAUCUUAGGAUUUACCAAAGAAGAUUCCGUCCUCCAUUCGCCCUUCACUUCCCACAGAAACUCCAGGAAUGUGGAGGAAGCGGGGAAAAGCAAUGGCCGGGAUUGUUUCAACCGAAUGUCAAACUUGAAGCAUGACCAGGAGAACUCGGAGACUUUGGAUCAUUUCUGUACAAACAGCAGUGGCGAUGGUCUCCGGCCUCCGGAUAUUGUGAACAACAAGCAACAGGAGAAGAAUGGGAUAAACGCGGACCAGCCCAAGAAGAAACACAGGAGGAACCGAACAACAUUCACCACAUACCAACUUCAUGAGCUUGAGAGGGCCUUUGAGAAAUCCCAUUACCCAGAUGUCUACAGCAGAGAGGAGCUGGCCAUGAAAGUUGACCUUCCUGAGGUUCGGGUGCAGGUAUGGUUUCAGAACAGAAGAGCCAAGUGGAGGAGGCAAGAGAAACUGGAGGCCAGUGUAAUGAAACAUCAAGAUUCACCCAUGCUUUCCUUCAACAGAUCAUCACAAACUUCUACCAUGAGCACUCUGAACAAUAACUUGGCACUGGACCCUUGGCUCACUUCACCAAUAUCCAGCUCAUCCACAUUACAAAGCCUUCCAGGUUUCAUGACCACAACACAAGGCCUACAGAGCAGUUACACCCCUCCACCUUUCUUGAAUUCCUCAGCCAUGAGCCACAACCUGCAAAGUAUGGGUGCAACUCCCUCAACCUUCCAGUGUGGGACAUCUUAUGUGGACAAGUUUCCUUUGGAAAAUGCAGAACAAAGAAACUCCAGUAUAGCUUCCCUAAGGAUGAAAGCCAAAGAACACAUCCAAUUCAUUGGGAAAAGUUGGCAGACAAUCUGA